AUGGAAAAUAAGAGAGAUUAUGAAUCUGAUUCAGGAAAUGAAGUUGAGGAUUGCACCAUCAUGCCCAAAGUGGACCUUCAGGUCUCUAAACUUGAGGUCCCUGUCGAAGUACAGAAAAUCAUCUCUAAAAUUGAGCAAGCACAGCUCCUGCGAACCAGAGAGGAAAUCAGUUCACAGCUGAAUGACAUAUUGCAAAAUGUGCAGCGGAUAAUUCAUCGCUACACUUUUGAUGAGUCCAUACAGUUUGGAAAGAAAAUCCCUUUUAUAGAAUAUAAGCAACGGAGACUAAACGUGCUGGAGAAAAUUGAUUAUUGUGCUAAUUCUGCUGACAUUAAAGGAAAGACUCUUAUGUACAUCCUAGCAUGGUUGGAAGAAUGGCAUGUCAUUUUGUCUGAUAUGACUGCAACUGAUGUUGAUGACCACCAAUACAUAUCACAAAUGAAGAUGUUACCAGAAACGUUCAAAUCUAUUGAGGGCAAUGUCAAGAGGCUGAGGGUAAUGAGUACCUCUUUGCUUGAAGAGAAGAAGAAACAGGAGGGGAAAAAAACAUUUAGAAAAACUCUAUGGAAAUCCUGGAAAGAUAGAGUUUUAAAGCGACCUGCAACAGUCCAUGCUUUAACACCAAAUCAGAUGAUCAGUGAUGAAUUUGCAACAAAUACAAAGGUUUCAGAAAUCAACUACAUGCUACAAGAACUCAUAGAUACUACAAUGUUCAAUAAAUUGGAAAACAAUGCUAUUAACUAUAUAGCAUCAACAAUAUCAAAUCUUUCUAAAGCAUUGACUUCACUAAAUAAUGAAGUAAAAGUUACUAACCUCUCUCCUGAUGAGUAUAUAAGCGAGGCAGGGGAAAAAGAGACCUUCCUGCAGGUAAUAAAAGAGCUCAGUGAAGAAAAUGAAAUGCUUCAGCAGAAACUUAAAUAUGCAGAAGAAAAAUGUGAGCAGCUUAUUAAAUUCAAAGCAUGGCCCCCAUCAACCUUGAAAGUGUUACCUGGGAUUUCUCCACAAUUACACAAGGGCUUUCGCCAGACUGAUAAAGAAGAGAGUAUAGACAAUAUUUUGAUCAAAGAAUAUGAAAAUACUUUGGGGAAGGCCCAAAAAAAGGGGACCCAAGGCUCAGUGUUCAAGUGGGACUCAGCAAUUUCACAUACAUCCCAAGUUGAAAUGACUGCAGGUUUAAUUGAUCAGCAAUCUCCUUUACCUGAAAAACCCCCCAAAAUACCUUCCAAAGAUAUCACUGAAGAUAGGAUAUCACUGAAGGAAGAUUGGACUGAUGAGGAUCAAUCACAGGAAAGGAAGAUCUCAAAAGCCUCAUUUGAGCUUGAGACCUCUAGAUCAAGUCUGACUAAUCAGACAAGUAAACAAAUAGUCUCAGAGACCAAAGGGCUACAAGUAGAGCGAAAAACGAGUCAAGAAGUACAACUCCUUUCUGUAGACAAAACAAAGUCAUUCAUUGGAUCAAAAAGUCAACGUGUUCUUUCGAAAUUCCCUUCUACUGACAUAGAGAGCCAAGGUGGCAAAAGCAGAACUAGCAAGUGGGAACGACUCAGGAAGCAGAAACUUGCAUAUGUAAUUUCAAAAGACCAAGUUAUUUUGGGGCAUAAAAAGAAAUCUACCACUGAGCUAAUGAACAAAGAGAGCAAAUCUCUUAUGAGUAUCCGAGGGAUAACCCAACUUGAUAAAUCUGCUGAGAAAGUGAAAAGAAAAGAAAAGGAACAUCAAGUCUCUUCAGAAAUUACCACAAGCAAAGAAGGAAAAACGGAAGAGAAGGACACAUCAGUCUUUACCAAGAAGGUCAAGUCUCAUGAACUUGUUGAAUCACAAUCUAAGAUAACUAAAGAGACUUCAGAAUCUACUACAGCUCCAGGAAGUCCAGAUGGCAAAAGUGAACAGGAUAAUCUAGAUGAAUUUCAUAACGCCAUAAUGUCUUUCUUAAAAGAGAAAAUUGAUAACACAAGAACUCCUUUGGAUAAAAAGACUGUGCCAGAAGCAGAGUUGUUAUUAAAAAAAGCAGAAGUUGAAAAAUUAGGAAUCAUAAAGACAAAAAUGGAAGAAUAUUUCCAAAAUGUGGCUGGAGCUGUGGCAAAAAUCUUGAGAAAAUACAAAGACAUUAAAAAAGAACAAAUUAGAGAGAAACAAAUGAAACAAAAACAAGUCUUAUUUAUACCAGGGCUAGAUUUACAGAGGCCAAUUAGUGCAAAGUCUGAAAUUAGCUCCUUACUCUCAUCUGAGAGCAUGGACCCAGUAAUACAAAAUUUAACACAGGAGAUCUUGACUGAAAUAGAAAAGGAAGAAGACGCUCCAGUCGUCGCAAUAGCAGGGAAAGAUCACAAGGAGAAGAAAAAACAGAGGCAGGAGAAAUAUUUGCAAGUCCAAGGAGAAAUUUUGGAUAUGAAUCUUAAACAACAGCAGUUACAAGAAGAAAGGAAUUUAUGGAAGAUGAAAUAUGAAAAGAUACAGAAGGAGAAACAAUGGCAGAAAGAAGUAUUCGCGCUACUUCAAAAACAGAGGAUGCAAAAGCAGACUGAGCAAGAUGAGAUGCAAAAGGGAAUGGGAAAGGAAGAACAGCAGAAGCAAAAGCAGCAUCCCCUGGAAGCAUGGAUGCAAAAAAUGAAAGAGCAAGGAGUAUCCUUUGAGGAGAUUCAGAAGGAAGUGAAACAUUUGGAGCUGGAAAGCAGCUGGAAGGAAGAGGAAGAGAAGCAGAAGCCAGAGAGAAAGGGGGAGGAUGAUGAAAGUCAGUGGCCUAAAAAAACAAAGGAGCAGAAGAAGAUUAAGAAGGAAAUACCUGAAAAUCUAGAAAAUAUGUUAAGUUACGCUUCAAUAACAUUGACUCCCAGAUGGAAGGACACAUGGAAAGCAGCAUUCCAGUUACAAAAAAAAAAAGAGUUCCGUAUGAAGCUUGCUGAAGAAAAGUACUUCGAACCAGCCAUUCCUUCCACCUCGACACAGUUUUCCUCACCUGGGCCCUUGUCUAUUCCUGGACAGUAUCCUACAAAGUCCAUGGCUGUCAUUCAUGAGGAGGCCGAGGACCAGGACUUCACUCUCUCUCCUGAACAGGCCCAGGCCCUGGGCAUCACUGUCACUCCUCAGCAGGCCCAGGCCCAGGGGAUAAGUCUCACUCCUGAACAGGCCCAGAGACUAGGGUUCAUUGUCACCCCUGAGGAAGCCCAGGCACCGGGCAUCACUCUUAGAUCUCAACAGCUCCAAGUCCAAGGAGAGGGGAUAAGUCUUAUUCCUCAGCAGGACAGGGGACUAGGUGCCAUUGUCACCCCUCAGCAGGCUGAAACACAGCAACUAACUGUCAUUCCCGAGCAAGCCAAGGAACUGGGGUUUCAUCCCACCCCAGAACAGGCACAGUCACAAGGAAUCGCACUCACCCCUCAGCAGGCUGAGGAACUGGGCAUCAAACUCACCCCUCAGCAGGCCGAGGCACUGGGCACCACACUCACCUCUCAGCAGGCCCAGGCCCAGGGAAUCACUCUCACCCCUCAGCAGGCUGAGGAACUGGGCAUCACACUUACCCCUCAGCAGGCUCAGGCCCAGGGCAUCACUCUCACCCCUCAGCAGGCCGAGGAACUGGGCAUCAAACUCACCCCUCAGCAGGCUCAGGCCCAGGGCAUCACUCUCACCCCUCAGCAGGCCGAGGAACUGGGCAUCAAACUCACCCCUCAGCAGGCUCAGGCCCAGGGCAUCACUCUCACCCCUCAGCAGGCCAAGGAACUGGGCAUCAAACUCACCCCUCAGCAGGCCGAGGCACUGGGCAUCACACUCACCCCUCAGCAGGCCGAGGCACUGGGCAUCACACUCACCCCUCAGCAGGCCCUGGCACAGGGAAUCACUCUCACCCCUCAGCAGGCUGAGGAACUGGGCAUCACACUUACCCCUCAGCAGGCUCAGGCCCAGGGAAUCACUCUCACCCCUCAGCAGGCCGAGGAACUGGGCAUCACACUCACCCCUCAGCAGGCCCUGGCACAGGGAAUCACUCUCACCCCUCAGCAGGCUGAGGCACUGGGCAUCACACUCACCCCUCAGGAGGCCCAGGCCCAGGGAAUCACUCUCACCCCUCAGCAGGCUGAGGAACUGGGCAUCACACUUACCCCUCAGCAGGCUCAGGCCCAGGGAAUCACUCUCACCCCUCAGCAGGCCGAGGAACUGGGCAUCACACUCACCCCUCAGCAGGCUCAGGCCCAGGGAAUCACUCUCACCCCUCAGCAGGCCGAGGAACUGGGCAUCACACUCACCCCUCAGCAGACACAGGAAAUCACUGUCACCCCUCAGCAGGCCCGGACACAGGGAAUUACUGUCACUCCUCGGAAGCCCCGGACACGGGGAAUCACACUCACCCGUCAACAGGCCCAAGCACUGGGCAUCCCUCUCAACCCUCAGAAGUCCUGGGCACAAGGAAUCACUAUCACCCCUCAGCAGGCCCAGGCACUGGGCAUCAUUUUCACCCGUCAGCAGGCCCGCGCACUGGGCAUCACUGUCACUCAUCAGCAUGCCCGGGCACGUAGAAUCUCUCUCACCCCUCAGCAGGCCCAGGCACUGGGCAUCACUUUCACACGUCAUAAGGCGCGGAAAAAGCGCAUCACUGUCACCCCUCAGCAGGCCCAGGCACUGGGCAUUAUACUUACCCCUCGGCAGGCCCGGGCACAGGGACUCACUGUUACCCUUGAACAGGCCCAGGCACUGGGCAUCACUGCCACCCCUCAGCAGGCCCAGGCAAAGGGCAUCACUGCCACCCCUGAACAGGCACAGGCACAGGCACAGGCACAGGCACAGGCACAGGCACAGGCACAGGCACAGGCACAGGCACAAGGAAUCACACUCACCCCUCAGCAGGCCCAGGCCCAGGCCCAGGGAAUCACUGUCACUCCUAGGCAGGCCCAGGCUCUGGGCAUCACUCUCACCCCUGAACAGGCACAGGCACAACGAAUCACACUCACCCCUCAGCAGGCCCAGGCACUUGGCUUUUCUCUCACCCCUCAGCAGGCCGAGGCCCAGGCCCAGGCCCAGGGAAUCACUGUCACUCCUAGGCAGGCCCAGGCUCUGGGCAUCACUCUCACCCCUGAACAGGCACAGGCACAACGAAUCACACUCACCCCUCAGCAGGCCCUGGCACUGGGCUUUUCUCUCACCCCUCAGCAGGCCGAGGCCCAGGCCCAGGCCCAGGGAAUCACUGUCACUCCUCAGCAGGACCAGGCACAGGCACAGGCACAGGGGAUCACUAUCACCCCUCAGCAGGCACAGGGACAGGACAUUACUCUUACCCAUGAGCAGUUAAAGGCACUGAUGGUUACCCUCACACCUGAAAAAUCCCAGGACUUGGGAGUCACACUCACACAUGAACAAGACCAAGCAUUGAGAGCUCCUGUCAUUCUCCAGCAAGAAGGGACAUUGAGGGACCAAAUUACUCCUACUCAGGGCCAGACUCUAAAGGCACCUGCCACUUCUGAACAGAGCCAGGCAAUGCAAAUCCCUGUGACUACUCAACAGGCCCAAAUACUUGGUGUCCCUAUCACUCAAGGCCAGGAUGAGGCAUUGGGAGUCACUGUCACGCCACAGCAGACAGAGGCACAGACACGGGCACUGAUGUUCACUCUUACUCCAGAGAAAGCGCAGAUUUCAGCUAUCACACAUACCAAUGAACAAGCCCUGGCAGAGGGUAUCCCCCUCACCCCUGAGCAGGUACAAGCAUUGGGGAUCCCACUUACCCUGGACCAGGCUCAGGCAUUAGAGACCCCUCUCACUGCAGAACAGGCCUGGAGAUUGAGGGGGUCUAUCACUCCAGAAAUGGUUCAGGAAGUAUCACACACUCUUUCCCUUAAGCAGAGCGAAGCACUGGGGAUCACUCCCACCUAUGAACAGGCUCAGUCAUUUGGCACUCCUUUACUUCUGAAUCAGGCCCAGGCACUGGGAAUUCCAAUUCCUUUAACUCUUAGGCCUGAGCAGUCUUUGGGGGUCCCUCUCACCUCAGAUAAAGCCCAAGACUUAGGAUCUCCCCUUACCCAUGAGCAAGUUCAGCCUUUGGGAGCUCCCUUCACCCCAGGACAGGCCCAGCCCAUGGGUGCUACUCACAUGUCUAGGCAGAGUCUAGAAUCAAGAGCUCCUCCCAUUGAUGAGCAGUUUUCACAAGUCUGGGCUGGUCCUCCUUCAGGACAAACCCUGGAAGGUGGGAUCUUUUCUAUUCCCGAUAAACCCAUCAAACGAAGUGCUCCUUACAUGCCUAAGUUGUCCACCAUAUUGACUCCUUCCACUCCUAAACCAUUUCAAGAAUCAAAGACUUCUUUUUCUGGGCAAGCCGCUACAAGAACUAGACAGAAGCUCCUGGCACCACUUCCUUCCUCUAAACAGACACCGGUUUCUAAGGGUCAAUUCACCCCCGUGCAGUACCUAGCACCAGAGGUCCCUCCCAUCCCUGGGAAGCUUCCAGUAUCUGGGACCCCUCCCACUCCAGGGCAGCCCCUCCCACUGGAUUCCCUUCUUAGCCCUAGGCAGUUCCUCAUACCCAGGGACUCUCUGACUCCCCAGGCACCUCUGGUAUCAAAGGUUCCUCUUAUAUCCGGGAUUCCAUCCACCUCUUCACAGAUUCCCAGUCUCUGGGAUCCUCUCUUUCCUGGGAAGCCUUUGAUUCCUAGGCCCUCUUCUGUCCCUGGGGAGUUCACGGACUCUGGACGCUCAACCUUCUCUGAGCAGCCCCAGGCAUUUCAGCUCCCUACCCGUGAGCAAUCUCCCUAUCUACAAGCCCCUUCUGCCCUUGGGCAGCUUCUGGCACCACAGACCCUUCCUGGGCAAGCUUUCCCACUAUGGAUCUCUCCCACCCCUGGAUAUCCGUCAACACUACAGGCCCCGUCAACCCUUGGAAAGCCCCCAAAAGAUUUGUUUCUGAAACCUAAAUCAGAAUUGGUCCAUCCCAGUGCUCCACAUUUCAAGGUACUGCAAACCCCCUUCACCACUAAGAAGUUCCAAAUAGCAGAGGUUUCUGACACUUCUAAAGAAAUCCAGGAACUCCAAGAUUCUUUUGCUAUGGAACAACUUGGGACAUUUCAGUCCUAUCUCACCAAUUAUAGGACACCAGUAUCACAAACUCCUUACAUUGGGGGGCCCCUUCCCGCUCUCAUGAAGCCUAUAACAUCACUACCUCCUCUUACUACUCAACUACCCAAAAGAUCACAGAUUUCACCAUCCGAAUGGGACUGGAAAUCCCGAUUCCCCCCUAUAAGUAAGCCCUGUGUACUGACUUCAGUUUCAGAUACCAAGAAACUCAAGAUGACGAUACCCUCUUCCUCUUUCCAAGAGCUCAAAGAGCAGAGGUAUUUUGUUGAUGUGAGGGCUCAAAGGAAGAACCUGAUACUCUUAAAUCAAACCACAGAAACUUCUGGACUCCCUUCAGAGCUAUAUACAACAGCUAGAAAUCUCAUAAUUGAGACACUUCGUACAGACACAGUUCGGCUGGGAUACCUAUUCCGCAAGUACAUUGCCUAUAGGCUGAUCCAGCGUGCAAGAAACAAUAUAAUCAAAAGAUUACAAGCCAUCCAAAACAGUGGGAAAGGUUAUGAGAUCCAGGACCUUUACAUAAUGCUGAACAGAAUUGAUGGCUACCAGAAAAAGAUGAUGUGGGUCUGGACUGGGAAGCAGAAGUCUCUAGAGCAGAAACGGAAUCAGUGCCUGAGGAAAAUGAUGCUCUUAUUUAGCCAGCUUCAAGAUAUAUAUAAAUUGAAUCUUAGUCAACCUGUACCUUUGUUCAUCGACAAAAAGCAGAAACCAACCCCUAUCAAACAGCCAUUCCUAGACCUACCAAUGAAAGAGGACAGAAAAUCUGACAUAUUCAAGAAACUUAGAAUACAAGAUCAGAUGGAAGCUAUCUGGAAUGCUGAUCAGUCCGCUUCAAGCUACCCAAUAAUUGAGAAGACAUCAUCAAUACAUUCAUUGUGGGCCCAGCUGGGUGGGUACCCACCUAUUCCCAUGCUGCUCCAGUUAGAUGUUCAGUCUACCUUCAGAAAAUCUCUCGCAUCCAUUCAAUCACAUCAUUCAGGUUAA